UGUUGCUACACAGAGCAAGAGACACCAGACCAGAGAAAACACCUCAGCCAGCCAUCGAUAGAUAGAUAGAUAGAUAGAUAGAUAGAUAGAUAGAUAGAUAGAUAGAUAGACUAACUAUUCAAAAGUGACACUAUACGUUGGACACUGCUGGCUAUUACUGUCACUCUUGAAAUCUCUGUUUCUGCAUCUAUAGGCCUACAAGGAAUCCCACUCUAAAAGAUUUGGUGGCUAUCAUCAUAGACUAUAGAAAUACUAUCAUGCUUGGAGAAGCCUUCCUUCAUGUUCUGAACUGCACAGAAUACACCACAAAUCAUGAUGGACAUGCUUACACACACUCACCCACCCCCACGACCCGUCCUGACCCCUGCACGACGAACGCUGCUGCCAGAUCUCCUCUGACACCACGAACCGUGAGAGCUGGCAGGCCCGAAUGCCUGGAAAAGCAAGGGCAGUACCGAGCCUCUGCACCCAGCAAUGGUAUGCCCAUUCUCAGCUGUAGCGGGGAGGAUCACUUGGGCAUGAUGCUGUUUGGCUCCUGGUGCUGUCCCAGCUUCUGCAAAAACUAUCCAGACCUCCGGCUUGCUGGUGACCGGCUGGAGCACUGCAGCCCUCAUAACCCAGACCUGCUCAACCCACCAGACGCCGGGCCACUGCUACAGUCGCAGGACCUAAGCUCUUUGGAACCCUCUCUGGAAGCAGGUCAACAGGCAGAGGCUGUGACCCAGCAGGACGAGGAGUAUCUUGUCAUGGAAAGCGUUCAGGGUCCUGGCUGGGAGAGAAGGCUUACCAACUCCAUGUUGAACGGCUACCUAGAAGUCCAAAUGCUAGAGGUGUUUUGUCAGCACAUGCAUAACAUGGCAUGCUGUGGAUCAUCAUUGCUGAGCACUGACGUCAUGCCAGCAUUGGUGCCCACCAGCCUGACUGUAGCCAAAGAACAGACAGCCAGUCAGGAAGAAGAGGUGGAUUCUUCAUCCAAUAAUGUUGUGCAAUAUUUAAGCACUUGUUCAGCUCCAGCCACCUCUCACUUCAGCUCACCUGUGCUGCGAAUCUCAGAAGCUGAGUAAACCACCUUAUAAAAUACACACAGAUCCUGCCCUCGUAACAUUUUCAAUGUUGGGCUCCUGUCUUUUGACCAACACACAAAUAUUUGAAGUUAUCUGUGUUGUUAAAGGAAUGUUCUGCAUGCAAUACUGACAGCACUUGUGGCAUGUUGAUAACUAUGAUAACAAUGAAGUACACAAGGUAAGGCAAUGAACGUUAAAGGGAUAAACCCAAAAAUGAAAAUUUGAUGUUUAUCUGCUUACCCCCAGGGCAUCCAAGAUGUAGGUGACUUUGUUUCUUCAGUAAAAAAGUGAAAGUGAAAGUCGUGACA